UUCAUUAUUAAAACACGUCUACUUGUUGUAACAUAUUGCAUGGGCCAAUCCACCAAAAGAAACCAUGAACAGAGGCGUUAUGAGCAAAUUUUCCAAAACUGCCCGAAGUUUUUUUUAUUUAUUUUUUAUUAAGGAACAAACAGUUUCAACAAAAAAAACAUAAAAAGAUAUAAACCUACAUAUGCAUUUACAAAUCUAACAUAAAGAAACGGUAAACAACAUAAAAGAUCAAACAUAAAGAAUAUAAUACAACAUUUAAGCAUACCCACUCAAGCAUUUCGAUCAGACAGGUGCACGCGCAGUGCGCGACGGGUCAUAAAAAAAAAACAAAAGAAAUUAAUAAUUUACUGAAAGGUUUUGAAAGCUUUCAGGAAAAUUUCUUCAGAAAAAUAAACUUUCGCAGCAAUUUUCAUCUCUAUUAAAAAAAUAUCAAAAGAAAUUAAUAACAUACUGAGAAGUUAUGAAAGUUUUAAAAAAAAUUCCUCAGAAAAGGAAACUUUCGCAGCAAUUUUCAUCUCUAUAAAUAAAUUAAUUUACGACUUCCAGAUUAUUAUUCCAGAUUUUGAAACUGCUAGAUUUUAUGUAUUGAUAAAAAAUCGGUAUUUGUUCGAAUUAAAGGUUUUUUUUUUAAACUCACCUUGUUGAUAACAAUUUAUCCAUAGUGAAAAAUAAUUUAACAUUUACUCUUUGGAAAAUUGUUUUUUUUUUAAAUUGACAAUUUGUUCUUUGUUGACAAAAAGAACAACAAAAUCACGUUUGUUUGUAGUGUUUUGUUGUAGUGUUUCUAUAGUGUAUUUAAUUUAUUUUUGACCAUAUUGAAGGCGUUCUUUAUUUUUCCCUGUUCUUAAAAAUGUUUUACCUUAUUGGUUUAGGAUUAGGUGAUGCCAAGGAUAUAACCGUAAAAGGAUUAGAAAUAAUAAGGAAAUGUGAUAAAGUUUUGCUAGAAGGUUAUACCUCGAUUCUUACUAUUGGAAAAGAUGCUUUGGAACAGUUUUAUGGAAGACCCUUAGUGAUUGCUGAUCGGGAAUUAUGUGAGAGUGGUAUAGAUGACAUAUUAGAAGAAUCAAAGGAGAAAGAAAUUGCACUACUUGUGGUUGGUGAUCCUCUAGGGGCUACUACACACACAGAUAUGCUGCUACGAGCUAAACAACUAGGUGUUAAAUCACAGAUAGUCCACAACGCUUCCAUUAUGAAUGCUGUCAGUUGCUGCGGAUUACAGUUAUACAACUUUGGAGAAACUGUUUCAAUUCCAUAUUGGACAAAUACUUGGAAACCUGACAGCUUUUUUGAAAAAAUACUGAAUAAUUACUCGAGAAAUUUGCAUACUCUAUGUUUAUUAGAUAUCAAAGUAAAAGAACCUACUGAAGAAUCACUAACAAAAAAGGUACGUCAGUACAUGGAUCCAAAGUUUAUGUCGGUUAAAGAAGCAUCAGCACAAUUAGUUGAAAUUAUUGAAAAUAAUCCAGCUUCGGGAAUAAGUAAAACUUGUAGUGCGGUUGGACUAUGCAGAGUGGGAGCCAGUGACCAGAGAAUAGUUGUAAAAUCGUUAGAGGAGAUGCAACAUUUUGAUCUUGGGCCGCCACUGCACAGCCUAGUCAUUCCUGCACCUGAACUGCAUCCGCUGGAAGCUGAUUAUCUAAGUCAAUUUAAAUAAAAUAAAGAUGUUUGUUUAUUUUGACAGUUUUAUUCUUUAUUUCAAAGAGAUAAUUUCAAUA